AUGGAGGAGUAUAUGUUUGAGCAAUUCCUUUCUGACUGUCGUGAGGUAUCUGAAGCGACGAGAUAUGUCGAGAUCUUCAACUACUCGAAUUCUUUAUACAAUUCAUGCGAGGACCAUGUAUUACCGCUUGAUGAGUUUGACAAUUUCGUAUAUCGACGGGGAGUGUUCACCGCGCCAGAGGUGGAAAAUGGCUGGGAUACGCAGCUGUUGAGCGGGAUGCGUCUGAUCGUACAGCAGAACGCCAAGCAUCCAGACACCUUCAUGCCAAAGGUCAUAUCUUUGCCCAAAGAGAGCUAUAGGAGCAUGGUGCAGGGCUUCAGCCUCCCCAUGAGGUCAAUCGAGACCACGUCGGUGGUAGGCCCUUUCUUCUGGAGUGCUCAGGAUUACGAUGAUGACGAUCCUCACAUGCAUCUGGUGCAGCGCAAGUCCGAUGUCCGCAAGAAGGGCAGGACUCGCGGAUGGGAGAUGAUGCUCUCCUACUCCUUCACCACAAACAUCACCUCGGGCUUCAUCAAGGGCACGUCGAGCUCUGAGGUCGUGCAGGCCCUCGAGCACCUCAAGGCCAGCACCCGCCAGGUUGGCCAUCCUAUGUUGCUCCCGAUCAUCCUGUUCUCUUAUGAUCUGUCCCCCACGAAUGACCAGAAGCAGCGUGAUGCGCGCGACUGGCUGCGUCGCCUGGAGAACGCCGUCAGCUUGCGCAACGAGAUCGAGGAGUCCGAGAUGUACUUUCAAGAUGGGCUGCUGGAGAUUGACGGCUUGAGUCGAGACCUCGUCGAGUGCCACAGCCACGUUAUGUGGAAGCGGCCGCAGGCGUAUGAAGGUGUCGCCAGGGAGAUCGACAAGGCACUGGCGAGCUUCUGGGGCAAGUGGGCAUAUAUUGACGAGGAGAGGCUGAGCGAUGCCACGAGGGCCGAGAGGAAGGCUCUGCGGAAGCUGCACAAGAACAUGAUGUCGAGAAUUGAUUUCUACAAGGCGAAGCUCAAGGGACUGGAGAAUUACAUCCACACCACGCUGGAGAGGUUGAAGGUCCAAAGAGAAGCGCUUUACAACAUUAUGUCCCAGCGCGAGGCCCGACUAAACCUUGAAAUCGCUGGAGAGCAGAGACGAAUUGCCCACGCGAGCAAGAGAGACAGCACGGCGAUGAAGACACUGUCGCUUCUUGGUGCGCUGUUCUUGCCGGGAACGUACUUGGCCUCUGUCUUUGGGAUGUCGUUCUUCAACUUUGAAGCAGACGCGGAGCCGGUAUCAGUCGAGCUGUGGAUUUACUUUGCGGUGACCGUGCCCAUAACCGUGAUCAUCGUGGUGCUCUGGCUGUACGUCGACCGCCGCCGCGAGGCCCAGCACGCCGAGGAGGACGCGCUCCUGGAGAAGAACAUUGAGGACAUGGAGAGGGACAUCAUGUUCCAUCUGAGGAAGAGGACCAUGAGCAAGGCGAAUACGUGGCACUCGUCGACGCAGCCGGUGAAGGCCUAG